CGACGAGGACGACGGUGACGGUAUUGCCGCCAUUCUUCUCUCGGAAAUUCGCGAAAGCGCGGAUGGUGCUCGUCACGAAGGGUCUUCCUCGUAGUGUCAACGCGCAUGCAGCUGGUGCGUAGCAGCGACGGGCUCCCGCAGUCCUGACGUCCUCUCAAUAUGGCACUUAAAGAUGACGAGAACACUUGGAUUUUAGAAUUAGAAGCUGCGCUUUUGGAUACCGAAGCACCUUCCGCGUCGGAUAUAUAUGCCAUCUGCCAAGGUCAGCCAGUGCCAGCAAAUUUGAGGCCCGAUGUUUGGCAGGCUUGUUUAGAUGUCAUCGACCGUGGGAAUCAGUUGAUCCAUUUUAAUGAAGUGUUUGAUCUUCCGGAGCAAAAUAUUAUAAGAGAGGAUUGUCAGCAACUAGUUAAUAAACUUGGAAACGACGACGAAGAUAAGGUGUCAGUUGUUUCCGACCUAGAAUCAAUUAUAACCUUCUAUUGUAAAAAUAGAGGUAAGCGAUAUGAAAGGGGUAACAGUUGGCUCGAGUUAUUAGGCCCACUGAUAGCUCUAAAAUUACCUCGUUCCGCUACCUACAAUUUAUUUGAGGCCAUCAGAGAUAUUUAUAUUCCAAGAGGUGAUACGCAUAGUGCGGUAUUAAGACUACUAUUGCUUUAUCACGAGCCAGAAUUGUGUUCCUUUUUGGACACAAAAAGAGUAUCACCUGACCAGUACACCAAAGGAUGGAUAAGUACUCUAUUUGCGGGGGUGUGCUCGUUACCAGCAAUAUCCACUAUGUGGGAUUUGUAUUUCAUGCAAGCUGAUCCGUUUUUCAUGAUGUUCCUUUCGCUCAUUAUGGUGAUCAAUGCCAGGGAACAAAUUUUAAGCAUGAAAGAUGAGAAUAAACAGAGCAUCAUCGAUGCUUUAGCCGCAAUGCCUUGUGCCUUGGAAGCUGAAGAUGUUACCGAUUUCUGCUCUUUAGCACAAUAUUAUGCCAUGAAAACGCCUUCAUCUUUUAAAUUGGAUUUAUACUCUAUUAUGUUUGGAGAGGGCGGAGACGAAAAACUUAUAACACACGCACUAUGUUUACCAGUUUCUGCUCAAGAAUUAGUCGAGAAUUCAGUGGAAGUUUCAUCGCUGCCUAAUGCACCUGCGGAGGCUGUAAGAUUCUUUUUAGUCGAUUGUAGACCAGCAGAACAGUACAAUGCGGGUCACUUGCCAACGGCAUUUCAUCUUGAUUGUAACUUGAUGCUUCAAGAACCAGCUGCGUUCACAACGGCUGUUCAAGGAUUAUUGCAAGCCCAACGACAAGCUUUAGCAGUCGGAUCUCAAGCAGGUGGUGAACAUUUGUGUUUCCUUGGUAGUGGACGUCAAGAGGAAGAUCGAUAUACUCAUAUGGUUGUAGCAUCAUUCCUACAGAAACAUACUCAAUAUGUUAGUAUGGUUGUCAAUGGCUAUCAAGCGAUUCAUGAAUAUUUCGGUGAUGAAGUAGUAUCCAGUCUUAUUGACCACAAUUCUCAAUUUUGCUUAGUUUGUAAUACCAAUUUGUCGGAGGAAAAUUCCAAUGAAACAAGUCCAAUGAGAAUAAAGAAUAAUAAUUGUGAUCUUUUGGGCAAGAUAGGACAAGCUAUGAAAUUAAAAAGUCAAGAAAUGAAGGGAAAACUUUUUGAUUAUAUUGUUAAUCCAUCAGUGAGUGCCAAUAAUAGCGGAGAGAAAAAAAGUGAUAAAAGUACAGAUCCAAGCAGAAAGGAACGAAUCUCUCGACCUGUUUUUAGUAUUGACGACGAUCAAGAACUUGAUAUGACAAUUGCAACUACUCAAAAGGAAGAACCUAUUGAAGUAGUUUCUAUACAACAGUGGCUUAAAGAUCCUAAUUUAAUACGUUCCUUCAAAUGUAUGCAGGUCAAGGUUAACGGUUAUGUCUAUGAGAGCCAUCUUCUGGUAACCGAUACUCAUAUUAUAGUUCUGAGAGAGAUUCAAGGUCGAGAAGGAGCAGCACACGUGAUUGUAAACCGCCCUUUAUCGAGUAUAUUUAUAAUAUUAUCUCGAAAAAGACAACCCGAUUUAAUUACUUUGAAAUAUCGUUCAGAACAGUCGGAAAAUGUAAUUAUUUCAGAUAUGGAUAGAUUUCUUAUUCCAAAUGCAAAUGAAGCUAUAAAACUAAUUGCCCAUCAAAUAAUGAAACAUCUUAAAGUCGAUACAAAAUCUGAAUAAUAAAUUAUAAUAUUAAAAGUUAUGCAUAAUAGUUGUAAUCAAUUUGAGCAUUAUUAAUGUAUAACAAUGUUCGUGAGAUUUAUUUAUAUACAAGAGUGUAAAGAAACCAUUUAUUCCAAUGGAAAUAGAAAUUUAUGAAUUUUUUUA